UGCUCACAUGACUUGUGCUGAAAUAGGGAAGGAAGGGGAAUGUGAGGUGGGACAGGGAGUCCAAAUGAGAGAUAUAGGGAAGGAAGGGAAGUAAGCGGGCACAGACGCUGGUAGCCAUCAGGAGUUCAAGCCUCUUUAACAGAAGGAGACUGGAAGAAAGGACAGAAGUGGCUCUGGCAUUGAUGGGGCUCUUACUGGACUUUCUACUCCUGGGCCACCUAACGGUGGUAACCUAUGGCCAUCCCAUCCUGGAAGCACCUGAGAGUGUCACAGGGCCUUGGAAAGGGGAUGUGAAUAUUCCCUGCACCUAUGGUCCUCUGCAAGGUUACACUCAAGUCUUGGUAAAGUGGUUGGUACAACGUGGUUCAGACCCAGUCACCAUCUUCCUACGUGACUCCUCUGGAGACCAUAUCCAGCAAGCAAAGUACCGGGGCCGCCUGCAUGUGAACCACGAGGUUCCGGGAGAUGUGUCCCUUCAACUGAAUAUCCUGGAGAUGGAUGACCAGAGCCACUACAUGUGUGAAGUCACUUGGCAUACCCCUACUGGCAACGAAGUAGUGAGAGAUAAGAUCAUUGAGCUCCGCAUCCAGAAACUCUCUGUUUCCAAGCCCACAGUGACGACUGGCAGUGGCUACGGCUUCACAGUGCCCCAGGGAAUGAGGAUUAGCCUUCAAUGCCAGGCUCGGGGUUCUCCUCCUAUCAGUUAUGCUUGGUACAAGGAACAAAUUCACGACCAAGAACCCAUCAAAGUAGCAGCCUUGAGUACCUUACUCUUCAAGCCUGCAGAGGUGGCCAACUCGGGCUCCUAUUUCUGUACUGCCAAGGGGCGGGUAGGCUCUGAGCAGCGCAGCGACAUUGUGAAGCUUGUGGUCAAAGACUCCUCAAAGCCACUCAAUGACAAUACUGAGGCACCUACAACUAUGCAAUACCCUAUUGUCAUUGCAACAUCCACAGAGAACCCACCCUGGGGCUUGACCACUGAAGUGGAUGGCUACCUUGAGAAGACCAGUGCUGGGUCAGGAAGGAGCCUGCCUAUCUUUGCCAUCAUUCUCAUCAUCUCCCUGUGCUGUGUGGUGGUCUUCACCAUGGCUUAUAUCGUGCACUGCAGGAAGACAUCCCAACAGGAGCAUGUCUAUGAAGUGGCCAGGGUGCAUGCCAGGGAUGCCAAUGACUCUGGUGAAACCAUGAGGGUGGCCAUCUUUGCAAGUGGCUGCUCCACUGAAGAGCCAGCUUCCUGGACUCUGGACAACGACUACUCUGAGGACCCCUGCCUGGGCCAGGAGUACAAGAUCAUCGCCCAGAUCAACAGUGACUACGCUUGUUUGCUGCAUACAGUUCCCCCAGAUUAUGGGCAUCUGGCUACCGAUAGCAAGAGUGUCUGCUAAAAAUGCCUACUAGGCCAGGGUCUGCUGACAUAAUUGCCUAUUCAGCCCUUGCCUUCUGCAUGGCCCCCUUCCUUGCUACUUCUCUUCCUGGAUAACACAACAUGUCUUCCUUGCCAACAUUGGGGUCCCUAGAAGUGACUGGUUUUUCCUAAAAAGUUACCAUAUGUACCUAAAGCAAGUCUGCUGCUGGGUUAGGCCCUAGGCCCUUCUAACAUCCCUGCCUGUGGCUUCCGCUGCUUCUCUCCAAACACCAGAGGGAAGUGCCCAUAACACGAGGACGUGAUCAUCAUGCCUCCAGAAACCACUCAACUUUGGCCUCUUUCCACCAGAAGACCAGAGGGAGGAUCAGCUCUGCCAGCUCAGGGGACCAGCUGUGUCCAGGAUCACUUCCCUUUCUCCAGGACCAGAUAGCUUUUGAGAUUGUCAUAUAGCAAGCCAGGGUUCAGUUCUGCUCCUGCACUGUGAGUCUAGUGCUCUGGUACUCUUUUUGUACUC